ACACCGUCCACCUGCCGACGCCACAAGCCCACUGCAGUCUGCAGCCUCUACAUACCACUCGUUGCUCAUUGUGAGGACCUCUCCGGCUCCCAUCGGCAGAGACGCUUGUAUCAAGGACAGUUGAACACCUACCGCUAUCUCUUCAACACCUGUAGUACUCAGGCGACAUGGCUUCAAAACGAGGAAAGCGGGACCCAACCGCCGGUAUGCCGCCAGACAUGCGGAAUGCCUUUCAAAAAGUCAUGUCCACGUUCAACACCAAGGAAUACAACGGCGAUAUAUCCAAUCUGAUGCAUCAUCUCUCUAUGCAAGACCCGGCAGACGUCGAGGCCCUGUUUUCUGCCGCCACAGGGUCGAAACCGUCUGAAGAUCAGCUCUCGGACUUUGACUACAAGAGCGUCCCAGUGCGGCGGGACUCAUUUUGGGUUAUGCAGCUCACGCCGAUGGGCUUCCAAGGGGAGGAUACGAAGGAUUAUCGGGAUGAGUACUUCCCGGGAAGCAAGCCUGUAUUCAGUGUGAUCAUAUAUGACGACAGAACCUCGUACCUCGCGCAAGAAAUGGCCCCGCCCGGCAUGCCGUCGUCCGACUUCUUGAUCAACGUUCUCAAAAAGGCCAUCGCAGCCCCCUUGCCGCCCAACAGCCCUUGUGCUCCCAAUCUGUUAUUAAUCGCUCAAAAGCUAAGUGCUCAUGUGGGCGCGCUCCGUCCGUUCCUUGAUUCUCUCCCCGCACCAUUUGGGUGGCGUCUGGAGACAGCCGAAGAAAUCGAACAAGUUGCCUCGGGAGUUCACGACCUCAACGUCAAGGGUGUCGCGAAGGCGACCAGGCGCGCCGAAGAGGAGAAGCGGCUAGGGAACGAGGCUGUCGGGCGUAAAGACCGUACCGCAGCGGUCAAACACUACUCUGAAGCGUUCGAGUUCUACGCGGACGCGUUCUCCCAGAAGCCCACGGCCACGGCCGACGAGGAGCAUGGCAUCAAGCGAUCCAUGGCCAUCUGCCUCGCGAACCGGGCGGCGGCAUGGCUCAUGGAAGGCGAGGGGCGCGAUGCGAAGAAAGCUUUGGCAGACGCUGAGAGAGCAGCGGCAUUUGACGAGGACUACGGGAAGGCGUAUUAUCGCCAGGCAAAGGCUCACCAGCUGCUGGACGCGCGCGAGAAGUCCAUCGACGUUUUGACAUCGGCGCUCAAGAGACCAAGUCUCGCGUCUGACAAAGGCUUGGUUGACACACUUGUCGACGCAUAUGGAGGAUUCCCCGACUCGGCUGACGAGUUGCGCACGCUGUGCCAUCGGCUCUUUAUCGAUGAUGACGGCGACCUUCGUGCCCGUGACAUCAGGGAGUUCGUGCGAAGAGCGGAUGUACAUGUCAAGAAGAUCCUGGGCCCCGAGUUCUCCGUAACAGCAGUCUAAGAGUAACUGCAAGGCCGGCCUCUCAUCCUCGUCAAUACGGACAUUCGUGAUGAUGUUCGCUUUGUAUCGAUGUCCACACUCCUGUAUUUGUAUCUGCCGCGGAAACAUCUGUAUGCCAUUGAGAUUUGUCCCGGCUGUACGUGACGUGCAUCCCUACUUGGGUUAUCGGCCCCA